UUGUUUCUAUGGUGGGCUGUGCGACACUGGGGACCAGACCCCCUUCGGCCUUUUCCGGAUUGCUCUCGUAGUGGUGCCCUUCUUGUAUGUGGGGACUCAGAUCAGCAAGAGCUUUGCGGCGCUGCUGGAGGAGCACGACAUCUUCGUCCCCGAGGACGACGACGACGACGACUGAGGGGUCUGUAGGCUUCCUGGUUGUCAGAGGACGUCGUCGUGUCGCUGCCAUGAGCAGACGAAUGCUUUCCUGAAGUUCCCUCUGCUGUGUGUUCAAGUCGCCCCCGUAGCUGCUGGGUUCAGGGUUCUAGCUGGUACCGAUACAGAACGGGCUGCCACAGGAUGUUGGUGUUUCACUGUACUUGCAUGCACUGCUUCAGUCUUAAUAAAGGGAAUGAUACGAGCAACA